GUGAUGACGGGCGCCGCCACCUGCUUCUACGCCUUCAUCGGCUUCGACAUCAUCGCGACGACGGGCGAGGAAGCCGUCAACGCCCGCCGCUCCAUCCCCUACUCCAUCGUCAUCUCGCUGGUCAUCAUCCUCAUCGCCUACGUCACCUCGUCAGCCAUCAUCACGCUCAUGGUGCCCUACACGGAGAUCGACGAGGACGCCGCUCUGGUCGAGGUGUUCGGGAAGGUGGGCGCCUACAAGUGCAAGAACUUCGUGGCCAUCGGGGCGCUGGCCGGCCUCACCGUGUCCAUGUUCGGCUCCAUGUUCUCGCUGCCCCGCAUCGUCUACGCCAUGGCCAAGGAUGGCCUUAUCUUCAAGAGCCUGGCCAACGUGUGGCCCGUGACGGGGACGCCUGCCGUGGCCACCAUCGUCUUCGGCCUCGGCGCCGCCUUCGCUGCCAUGUUCAUCUCCCUCACCGUCCUGGUCGAGAUGAUGUCCAUCGGUACGCUGCUGGCCUACACGCUGGUGUCGACCUGCGUGCUGAUCCUGCGCUACCAGCCGCACUCGACCACGCUGCUGGAGAUGCUGCCUGAGAGUAUCCGCACGCCCAUCAGCGGCACGCCCCUGCCCGGCACGCCCACCAAGUCGCUCAGCCAGGCAGACAUGACGGCCGCGCUCGGGGGGCGACAGAGCAACCUACAGGCGGUGUCUCCAACGCACCUGACGGCGGCGCUGCAGCAGAACGGGGGCGGCAGGAUCACGCCCUCCGGCCUGCCCUCGACCAGAAGAUCACGUCUAGAAAUAAGGGUGAAGGUUAUGGAGACGACGGUGAAACGCGUGAUGCGGUCGUCCCCCGAUUCGGACGACACAGGCAACACGGAGGAGAACAGCGCCGAGUCGUCCCGCCGCGAGGACGACUACAUGGUGAGCGACAAGUGCGAGAACAAGUACUACGGCGCCGUGCCCACGUCCGCCGGCCAGGCCAAGUGGUACGACAGGUACGUGGAGAUGGUGCAGGUGAUGUUCCCGUCGCUGUUCCCGUGGGUGGAGGAGGGGCCCUGCACGGAGGAGACGGGCCGCCAGGUCAUGAAGCUCGUCGGACUCCUGUACCUGAACGUCCUCAUCCUCGACUCCAUCCUCGUGCGCGACCUGAGCCAGCUCGAGGGCCACUCUCCCGUCACGUCCUUCUUCUGCAUCAUCUUCUUCCUCAGCAUCAUCUACAUCCUGCUGCGCAUCUCCCGGAAGCCACAAAACAGGUGGGCUGAAGCAGGGCUCACGUGGGGCCUCAGAGCCACCUGGAAGGCCACGGAUAUUUAUACGAUUCAAGCUGCCCACCUGACUCUGAUCCGGUUCGUUCUCUGGAUGACCAUUGGCUUCAUCAUCUACUUCUACUACGGCAUCAAGAAGAGCACGGUGGGCACGGGCGAGGACGCGGACAUCGAGGUGCACGUGCUGCCCAGCCAGAUCCGCCCCCCGGCGCCCGCCGCCCCCGACGCCCUCUCGCCCUCGGCCUCGCAGGCGGCCCCGACGGAGAACUUCGUCUCUCCCGGCAGCCAGGGCGGCGCAUACCAGCAGCCGCCGCAGCCGGAGGCGCAGCAGGACUCGCUGGCGCCCGGCGCCAUGAAGCAAGUGUACAUCUCGCCCAACCCCAACAACCCCUUCCGCUAGGGCGUCCGCGGAGGCCCGGCCCGUGCGGGGAGCGAGGCGACGCGGCCGCAGCUCUGCCGAAGAGGGCAGCGGAAAGGCCCUCGGAGCCAGAGAAGGUCCCGCUUGCGCCGCAGGCAAGGGCCUCUCUGGCCCCCGAGGGAAAAGCAGUGCCUUCGCGCCGCCGCGAGCGACGAGGGCUUCGGCGGCGGGGCAGGACUCCGGCGCCUCGGCCCCGCUGGCUCGGCCGAGGGGCCCGGCGCCGGCGGGGAGGCUCUCGCUUGGUCUUCGUUUCAUCAAAAUUAAUUGGAGAUACAGAUGAUGAGGAUCAUAAUGAUUAAUAAUGAUAAUGAUAAUAGUAAUAGUAAUAAUAAUAAUGAUAACGAUGAUAAUAAUAAUGAUAAUGAAAAGAAAGGCAAAAAAAUGUUAGUGAGCCGUUUGAUGUAAACCGAUUUUUUUUUCAACUCAAUCUGAUUUCACUGAGCGGGAGAUCUGACUUCGCCCCCCCCCCCCACCGCCCACAGGAAAGGGCCUUGCUCCCCGCAAGGACACCCCCCCCCAUGUUGCAUCGCCCUCGCCAGGAGGGCUGCACGCUGCACACCUGCCAUGUUGCAAGAGUCUCCUUCUGAAGUGCAUCGGUAUUAUUGGUAUAUUGAAGGCAUUGCGUUGAAGUUCCAGCCGUUGACUUCUGCAAGGUGCACAGUUCUUUUUAUAACUUAGAGAUCGCAGCACAGUGUGGCUGCCGUUGUUCUAGAGAUUAUUUUGCAGGAUUUAACAUGGAAGGAAUUCUUUCUUUUAUAGCUUGUCGAUUCUUAAGAUGUCCGUAACUGUGCUCAUGUACUCUGCA